AUGUCAAAAUCCCUUCUUGACCAGGAACCAAUAUACUGUGUGGAGCAAAUCAAAAUCCCCAACGGAUUGCCGACGCUGCUCAAGACAUUCGCUAAAGAAGCCAUACGAGCGCAGCCGGAGAACCUGGAAGAGUUCGCGCUGGGGUACUUCCAAAACCUCCUCACCAUGAUCAAGCUGGACAUCACCGCUCCGCCCCCCACCAUGGAGCAACUCAUUGAGUUGUACCAGCAAACCAAGGAACUGGAAUACAUCAACCAGGUGCCUCUUGCGGAGAUGGCGGCGGGGAUCGGGAUCCACGCCGCGGCCGUCGACAACGUCUUCAAGCUCGCCAACUUCCCUUCGGAUCUGGUGGAUCCCAAGGAGUUCGUCUUGCUCCUGCUCACAUGCACGGCGAAGAGCUUCGUGGCGGUGGUGCGCGGCGUGUUCAAGCUCUUCGGAGCCAAAUCGGGGGGCAAGGUCCCGACGCCGCUGUUCCUGCUGUGCGCCCACCACUUGGCCAAGCGCGACAAACAAAUCAGCCCGGAGCUGCUUGCGAGGCUGGAGGAGGAUUUCAAACUCAAGGAGAAGAAACACGUCGCCCUGGAGGACGUUCAAACCAACCCUCUCAUGGUGCAGUAUUUCAAAUCCGACAAGGCCAUGUCAUUGAUCAGUUGAUAGAUUUCUUCCUUAUGUGGGCUUCUUUUUCGAGUUUAGUAUUGAAAAGUUUUAAUUUAAGUGUUGAUUGUGGACAACAACAAGGUUGUGUUCUGUUCAUACUCGUGGGUCUUUACAAACUUGGGUUUAUGAAAUGUGUAUAUGUGUGUAUAAGUGAAGGAACUAAAUAAAUAAAUAAAUAAAUAAAUAAAUAAAAUCCAAUGUCAAGCUUAAACACUCACUAUGGGUAGUAGAAAGCAUGAAUAAAUGAACGAGUGAAAUCAAAUGAAAUUUAAACAAACAAUUGUGUAAUUUCUAAGUUUUCUUCUUUGGAAAAUGAAUGCUAUCAAAGAAAUUGGUAA